AUCUGCAUCAACAUCGUCGGCUAAGAAGAGACGACGAUACCAGCAGAGACAUCUGCCCUUCGCGCCUCCUCCCAAGAUAACGCCGCCAGCAACCCCUGCCCCCGUCGUUGAAGCAGAGCGACCCCUCGCACCAACGUCGGCCGAGAUGAAGGCCAAAGCUUAUCUUGCUGCUCAGAAGAAAUAUACCUCAGAUUGGCAUGGAAGGUUUCCUUGGCUCAAGCAAGCUCACCUUGACAACGAAAUCGAGAGCCAGAAGCGCAUGGACGACUUCGCCAAGAACGACCCCGAUGCCGCCCGCGUCAUCAGACUUCUACGCUCCAUGCUAUUCAUCUGUAAGGAAGAUGCUCCGAUUUCAAUGUUCACACGUCUAAUCGGUCACCUGUCGCAGGAGGGGGUGAAGGACAUACCCAAGCAGACUUACGGCGCGUACAUCACGAAGUAUGGAUUCAGGGAGAUGGUGAAAGCCAUGGUGGCUUUCUUGAAGGCACAGCAGAUGGAGCACAUCCACUCCUCCCCGUUCAUCGGCAUCAGCUGCGACGAGAGUACCGACCGCACCCGCGGAAAGCACCUCAUCGUCUUCGGCACCUUCUUAAAGAAGCGGCGCGUCGUCACUGAGUUCUUGAGCCUGCUCACCAUCGACAAGUGUGAUGCUGCGUCGCUCCAGUCUGUCCUGCUGGGUCACCUGGAAGGGAGUGGCAUUGAGCUUCAAAAGAUCGCCGGUAUUAGCACCGAUGGGGCAUCGGUGAUGACCGGCGAGAAGAACGGGCUCGUCGCUCGACUCCGACUGCGUAUCCCGCACCUUGUCGGUUGCCAUUGCAUCGCACAUCGAGAAGCGCCGGCGGUCAAAGACGCCUCCAACUCCUUCCCCGACCUGUUCAUCGUCGACGUUAUCAUCCGAGCUUUCGGGGAAAUCGUCGGUCGCUCGACUCCGUGGAUUCUCGGCGCAGUCAUCGUCGUCUUCAUCGAGUACAAGCACAAGCACGUUGCGCUUCUGAAGUCCUUCAAGUUCCACUUCUGCCUCAACUUCCUCGCCGACAUCCUCGCUGAGCUCAACACUCUGAACAGGUUUUUCCAGCGCCGCACGGUGGACAUCACGCUCGUCACCCAAGAGGUCGACCGCACUGUCACCUACAUCAAGCACCGAUACAUCGAGUACGGGGAGCGGUUCGGCGGCGGGCUCAGCAAGCAGCUCGACAAGUUCCUCGCCCGCUACAAGGAGGGCAAGGGGUCGCUCGAGGUGCACGGCAUCGCGGCGGAUGGCUCUCCCUGCACGCACAAGUUCGAGCUCACGUUAUCGCGCAUCCCGGGACAUGCGUUCGGCGGCACUCCUUCCGACUGCGAAGACCUUUGCACGGCGUUCGCCAAGGAGACAGUGGGGUGCUUGGAGGGGCGGCUGUGGGACAUGAAGCGGAUGGAGGGGUCAAAGCUCUACAAGGUGGACCAGUGGCCCAAGAAGACAGAGGUGCGGGAGCGCCGGUGCCGCAAGUGGGCUGAACAGAAUAUGGCGCUGUUUGAGAACAAGCUGCCAGGAGUCGAACUGCGAGCGAUGGAGUUGGAGCUGAAGACCUUUUGCCACAUCAUGAAGACUCAUCGCAAGGACGACGACUUCGCCCAGGGUUUGGCCAAUAUGAUGAAGACGAAGGACUGGUCCAAGUCGUACCCGAACCUGAUGCGGAUGUGGCAGGCGCUGGCGGUGUUGCCCUUGAGCACCGUCGAGUGCGAGCGCGGAUUCUCACGGCAGAAUGUCAUCAAAGGAUGGCAUCGCACCAGCCUGUGCGAUGCCACCCUUGGUGAGUUGAUGACCAUUAGCAUGCUGGACUACGACAUGGACUACCCCCAGAUCGUGGAGAAGUGGAGGCGCAUUAGGCACCGUAGGCAAGCUAGGAAUGUUGAAUUUGAGCAGGAAAUUCCCCUCUUCCCACAGCAGAAGGAUGUUGUAGAGAGCUCAGACGAUGAGAGUGUCGGAGGUGGGAGUGAGGAUGACAACGUGGAUGAUGAUUAUUAGUUAUGUAAUAUUGUGCUAUGCUUUAUUACUAAAACAA